UGUGGUGGUGUAAUGGAGGAGGGAGCUGUAUAUUGCACACCGACGCUGCCAUCGAAAAAGAAAAGGCGCGCACAAGAAAAGCUGCUGCGUUCACCUGUGGCGUGUGCGCUCCUGCCAGCCAUUAGCCUGCUGGCAGUGCCAGGAGCCAGCCUGGAGCCGGCCCACCCAAGCAUGUCGGGGCCCUCACCUGGCAAGACCCCCCGCUUUCCUAUCGCUGUGGAUAUUCCUGUUCCACCAGAGCGACGAACAUCAGCCAUCAAUAUUGUCACUAACCCCAGCUUUGACGGCGGCUUGGAACAGGCCCCAGAAGAAGCUCUCUACUCCACAAUUCAGCCAAAGCACGAGUGUGGAUCUAGUCCUGGAACACCACCUCCCCCGCUGCCUCCAAAACAGCUUGAGGUUCUCUACACUAAGCCUAUUAAGCCUAAGAAAUCCAAAUCGAGGGAAGGGUCCCGAGGCUCGAAGGAUUUUGGAGAUGGAAAAGAUGGCCCUCAGCUCUGGAAGCUGCACAUAUCGCAAGAGAGCCCCCCAAAGCCUUCACAGAGCUCCUCUGGGUGCAACUGUCAGCAACUGGCAUCACUGCUGCAAGACAACUAUGCUAUGAAACAUGAACUACUAACAUAUAAGGAUCGGAUAAAAUCCCUUACUACUAAACUAAAACAGUUUGAAGGAAUAUCGGAAGUCAUGAAGGAACUUCAACAGAAUGUUGAAAGAGUGUCAGAAGAAAAUAAAAGGCUCAAGCAGUAUGAAAAAUGCAUUACAGAGGCCAAGACUACAGAACAAGAGAAGCAUGACCUUUUUGAACAGCUCAAAGAUGCACAGUCACAGUACAAGUAUGAUGUGGACCAUCUGAGCCAGCAGGUGAGUCAGCUGGAGCGUGAGAAGCAAGAGCUGGAAGGGGCCCUAGCCAAGUUACAGCAGGAGCAUGACCAGCUGCUCAUCUCCACCCAGAACUCUGUCUCCUUCCAGUUCCACACAACAGCCAUGCUUGAGGUCAAGAGGCUUCUAGAAGAGCUCAAACAAAAGUACCAAAAUGACAAGGAAAAUCUCACACAUAAGGUCCAGCUGGCCGAACAAGAACGGCAGGAGCUGAAACAGCAGCUGGUACAGCUGGAAGAAGAAGUGGGAUGGCUGCGAAGUGAUCAUAGUGCUCUCUCAGGCGCCUACCGCCGAGCUGUUCGCCAAAACCACACAUUAGUCACCCAUCUCCGUGAACUUCAGGAUGAUGACUCUGAGAUGCACUCACUGCUGUCAUCACUUCUUGUCACUGCUCACCAAGUAGUUUCUGAACGUGACAGCUUAGAAAUAAAGAACGAGGAAAAGGAAAAAGAGUGCCAACGCAUGUUGGAACUUCUUGGACAGCAUAAUGUGGAUAUAGAUCAGUUGAACAAAUAUCUCAAGAACAUACAGGACCAAACAGAGGAUGAGAAGCACAAAGUAAAGCAUAGAUUCUCCCCAUAACAUCUUUCGUGGAAGUUGGAAGUGCGGGGUCAGCUCGCUACAACACUGAGAACUGGAUCUAAGCAGUGGACGGCACAUUGCUGCCACCGCAGUGACCAACCAAGUGACCCAGUGUGAACAAGGCCCGUCACUGGUUGUUCCCUUGCACCUUCGUGAUCCUGGGACAUUCAAUGGCACAAGCGGCAUGGACGUCGAUGAGUGGCUGGCUAUGUAUGAGUGCGUCAGCAACAAUAACAAGUCGGACCCAACAAUAAUGCUUGCGAAUCUCGUCUUCUAUUUGCAGGCACUGCGUGACUCUGGUUUGAGAUGCAUGAGGAAGAUUUGACAAGUUGGGACAUCUGCAAGCAGAAAUUACGCGAUCUGUUUAAGGACAACUAGCGGCCAAGAAAGAACUCUCAAUACGUGCCCAGACAUACACAGAGCUGUACAUCUCUUAUAUAGGACGUGUUGGCUCUGUGCCACAAGGUCGACAAGAACAUGCCUGAAGCGGACAAAGUCGGACACAUACU